CGAAAGAGAGGCGUCCCGCCGCGCACGGGGCUGUUCCCGCCACCACCAUGUCCCGCCACCCAUCCCCCGGCCCGUCCUACGCGCAUGGCCUCCCCGCCCAGCAUGCCCAGCAGAUGGAUCUCUCUUCGCUCUACCACCCACCGGCCGUCCUCGCGAAUCCUGGUUUCCAGGCGAAGAUGCGGACCAAGAACUACCCAGGUGGCAUCACCGCCAGCGUCGAGGACGCGAAGUACCAUGCGAAGUACAAGGAUCUGAAGAAGACGGUGAAGGAGAUUGAGGCGGACAAUGACAGGCUGUACUUCAAACUACUUCUCGCGAAGAAAAACAUACGUCGUAUGAACCUUGAACGAGCCAUUCUCUAUGAGCGAUUGGCUGCGGUGCCGCCGACUCCCGGGCGGCACACGCAAGACCUACCUCCAGAACAGGAUCCCGUCUUCCAUCAACAGCCACCGCUUCCUCCGGAGCAUGCCCGCUUCAUAGAUCCCAACGACCCCGCCAUCGCGGAAUACAUGAGGACUCGCCCGGAUGCCCGGAUGGUCCUCGGUCCGGAUGGCAGAGUCGUCGCAAUUGAAGACAUCCUUCCACACCCACCGCCGGGACAGGAAGCAAGACCAGUGCAGCCACCGCAUGGGAUACCUCUUGUCUAUGGCUUCAGACACGACUCCGGACCUGGCUACGACCCCGAGCGCCAGCUGCCGCCCCUACCACCUAUGAUCCCUGUCGUUCCAGCCUCGGCGGAGGGAGCUAGAGAUCUCGCACCCCCUAUCAGCGAACAUCACAGCGGUGCAUAUCCACCGGCCCAGACCCAUGGACAUGUCCACCCACAAUCCCUCUCACACGGCGUCUCUUCCCACCACUCGCGUUCCAACUCGGCUCGCGCAGAUCUAGAUUCGAUGGGUACCAGGAUCGAUGUGGUGCCUCCGGGACCUUCCCUGCAUGGUCGCAGCCCUCCUAUGGCAGGCGCAGAAACCCACAAUGACAGGUCAAGGAGACACGACCUCCACGAACUGACUCACGCGCAUGCCCACCAGCUGCCGCACCCUCAUGUCCAGAUACCUAUGCAAAACAUGCCCACGUCACCGCACUCGCACUCGCCCGCAAGCACGCGUGAUUCUGACCGCAGCACCGGACGCAUCCACAACCACCAGCGCGUCGGGCCGGGCGCCAACAUCCACCGUGACCGCGAACUAUCACAGCGCGAAUGGGAGCAGCGUGAGUACGAAAGGGAGCUCGAACGCGAACGCGAGCGCGAGCGCGAGAGGGAGCUCGUGUACCGCCAGCGCCUCGAGUUAGAGGAGCAAGAGGAAGCCAGCAUCGCGUACAUGCGCGAGAACGGACGAGUGGCGCCGCCGGUGCCGCAUGGCGACUCGCGUUCUGGCAGCCCGAAUUCUGGCCCCGGAAAUGGAGGAAGCAGGGCCCCUUCGCGGCCGGACUCUGGCCAGUCGAUGCAGUACGAUGCGGAGAGAGCGCGGCCGCGCGUGUCGAACUUACUCGGGAUGGAGCGCGACCCUGCGUAUGACGAGCGCGCUUCUGGCUCGGCAGCGCGGGGCAACGUAGGGGAGAUGCCCGCUCAGUCUGCGGACGCCAGGAGGCGAUACGCGGCGAGAUGGAGGCGAAUGAGGAAUAUGGCGGCGAGAUCCGUUCUCCAGGUGAAGGCAAGAGAAGAUCCUCUGGUGAUGAGGGCAAUGCUAACGGCAGCGAACCUGCGAACGACCGGAUGGAUGAGGACGUAUGAUCACAGCCUCUUCGCCCAUUCUCCGAUGUUGGUGACUUCUACGCCUAUUGUAUGAAGCUGUGUCACGUCUGCUUCUUCCGUAGUGCGUUUUCCAUUGUUCUCGGGCAUAAUAGGCCCGUCUGUAUAUUGUAUUACUUUCUUGGAUCUUGUCGCGCAGUUUAUGUAUAUACAGAUGCGAUCACGUAUACAGGACGCAUUUGACCGGGAACCUGAAAUAUCUGCGGCGGUGGCAAUUUCAUGCGCCUUGA